AUGGAUGCCCAGUACCUGACGAAGCCUGACGCUUGUGCAUUAGCUUUGAUGAAACACCUGUCGAGAGGCAACGCCUCUCUGGCAAGUGUUCCGAUGAGGUCAGAAGACUCCAGAUUCAGAGCUUAUUGCUUGACUUUGCCUUCGGCGUUUCCCCCUCCCUCUCCCCAAGGACUCCCAGUGGAUGCACUUUACACGCCCACACCCACCCACCUGCACUAUCAGGUGUCCUGGAAUCAGCCAAGAAAACCAACUUGUGGCAUUGAUUCCCUACAGCGAUCAGAGGUUAAGGCCAAGAAGAACAACACACUCAAUAUCACGAACAAUAACUAUUAUUCUGUUGAAGUUGAAAACAUCACUGCACAAGUUCAGUUUUCCAAAACGGUUAUUGGAAAAGCACGCUUAAGUAACAUAACCAAUAUUGGCCCACUUGAUAUGAAACAGAUUGAUUACACAGUACCUACUAUUAUAGCAGAAGAAAUGAGUUAUAUGUAUGAUUUCUGUACACUUAAAUCCAUCAAAGUACAUAACAUAGUACUCAUGAUGCAAGUUACUGUGACAACAACAUAUUUUGGACACCCUGAGCAGACAUCCCAGGAGAGGUACCAGUAUGUUGACUGUGGAAGGAACACAACUUACCAUCUGGGCCACUCUGAAUAUCUAAAUGUACUUCAUUCACAGCCAUGAAAACUGAAAGAGAUGCAACUAGAAAUGAAUAAAGGCCCACUGAUAUUUUCUAAACUUUCAAAUAUGAAGUACUUCCCAGUAGGAGAUUUUAAAUUGAACAAGCCUAAAGUUUACACUCCAACUUUUAAGAGUCCAGUUAGAAGUAUGUGGACUUCCAGUUAUUGCAGCUCUCCAUUCUAAUGGUAAAUGCUGUAUUUGUACCCAGCUAUUUCACUUGAAGCUAAAUUGACUGAUUUUUCUUGCCCCUCCCUUAGCCACCCUCCCACCCCCCAACCAAUUUGGGAAAAGAGAGGAGACUUCUAUUGGACAAUAAAUUUUAAUUUGAAAUUCACAGCUCCAAUCACUACUAAAAAUAUAAUUCCGGUGAAGAACGUAAUUUGGAAACUUUUAUUUCUGAGUGCUUUUAUAGGGAUAUUGAGAGUGUUAUUCAUGGAAGACUUCUUAAGUCAUUAACUUUUUCCUAUUUUAUAAAUUUCCAUUGUUAAGUGGUAGUAUUUCAACUACCUGAUAUUUAAGCUUUCAGCUUUCGUUUGUUGGAAUUCUGCUCAUUUGCAUGUUUAGCCAGACUCAUUAUGAAGAAUGGGAUUCCUAGAACACAUAAAUUAAUUCUGCUCAUGUACAACCUGUACAUAAACCAAGAGGCAGUGAACAGAACGGAGAAUGGUGAAUGAUUUAAAUUCAGGAAAGGAGUAUCUGGAUUGUAUCCUUCUAUACUUAGUCAAUCUGGAUGCAGGGCAAGUACUCUGAGAAGUUGGGACUAUGAGAAAGAAUAUGGUAUUAGGAUUUCAGGAAGAUUCACUAACAUCCUGCAAUAUGCAGGUGCCACAACCUUGCUUACUAAAGCCAAAAGAAUUUGGAGCACUUACUGAUGAAGAUCACAAAGACCAAGCCUUCAGUAGGAUUACACUUCAGGGUAACAAAAACAAAAUUCCUCACAAUGUAUCAGUAAAAAACACCGUGAUAAAUAGAGAAAGGAUCAAAGUUAUUAAGAAUUUCAUUUUACUUGGAUCCACAGUCAACACUCGUGGCGGCAGCAGUCAAGAAAUCAAGUGAUAAAUUACGUUGGGCAAAUCUGGAGAAUACUCUUUGACAUGUUAAAGAGCAAAGAUGUCCUUGUGAAGACUUCAGGUGUGCCUGACCCCAGCCAGAUAUUUUUAGUCACUGUAGGCAUAUGAAAGUUGGGCAGUGACUAAAGACUGGAAAAUAAUUAAUGCAUUUGUAUUUGGGUAUUCACAAAGAAUGUUGAGUAAUAUACAGAAAAAUGAACAAAUUUCUCUUGGAAGAAGUACAACUAGAAUGCUCCUUAUCCGCAAGAACAGCAAGAUUUCAUCUCAUAUUUUGGAACUUGUCAGCAACGACCAGCACCAAGAAGGACCCAUGCCUGAUAGAGUGGAGGGUCAGCAGAAGAGAGGAACACCUUCCAUAAGGAGGACUGUAGCUGUGGCUCAAACGCCACCCGUAACUGUGCCAGUGAUAGAGGAACAGGCAGCGUUUCCUUCUGUUGUACAGAGGGGCCCUAUGAGUUGGAUCCAGCUGGAUGGCUCCAAACAUUUCAAGCCAGUGCUUGAGUAACACUUAGAAACCAAAAUAAUCUUUGUAAAAUCCUAAUGCCUAAAAUUUUAUAAUACCCUUGGAUAAUGUGUUUCAUGUCUUUCCAUGGUAACAGUUUUGUGAAAUUUUUGUGUGGUCUUUAAAAAUAUUAAUUUAUUGUACAAUAUUGUAAAUAAACUGUGCAUGGCUUUUAUAUAGUUUUAAUGUCAAAGUGAUAACAGAUUCAAAAUUAAAGUUGUUUAGAAAAAUAAGUGAAAUCUGGAAACCUAUAGAAUGUGAAUAUGGUUCCAAUUACAUAUCACAUAAUAGCAUAAAAUAGAUUGAAAUCAAAUAUUUUUGUGAUCCUUUUUUUAAUGUUGCUUUUCAUGCUAAAAAUUGUGAAGAACCUUUGCUUUUAACUCUUUAAGUAUUAGUCAUCAACUUUAUAAAUGAUUUAGAGAAAGUAAUUAUUUUGUAGAAAUUAUUCAAGCUCAUUGAAUAAUGACUAUCAAAGUCAAGCUUUUAUUAUGCUUUUAAAAUUCUAGUCACAUUGCACAUUGCAUAGAUAUGUUCUAAAAGUUUGCUACUUUUGAUUUUAUUUAAAAUUGUUUUAAAAAUAAAUUAUUGACCUACUAUUUUA